UGCUCUCUCUCUCAUUUACAGUGUUUUUUUUUUUUGACGUUUAGUGUUUCUCAUUUUAUCUGGCUAUUCACAACUCAUAAAGCCAUUACAGAAUCGUUGUGGACCCUUCCAUGGAAAAGCCUUCAGCAAAUGCUGCUUCCAAUUCCCCUGACAGCUCUAAAAGCUUUGCUCCUCUUCACUCAGCUAAUGCCCCUGCAGAUUUUUCGCAAAGGUCUUCGACCUCUAAAGAAGCAACUCCAGAUGAGAUCGAUGAAAAUAAUCUCCAUAUACCCAUCCCUAAUGUGAAUGCAGUGAAGGGAAAACACCUCCCUGCUAAAAAAGGAGAAAAGAAUUUCAUGGCACCCACCUUUUCUGCAACAUCCAAGGCCAACGUUUCAAGAAAGAAGAUUUUAGGAGAAAGAAACACCUCCACCACCAUUAAUGGGAAACCAGGUACCAAUUUCACCGAAUCUGCAAAACCCACUGAAAUUUUGGGCUCAAAGACUCAUCGAAAAGUAUUGGAAGAAGAGGCGGCUGGUUCAAAUGGAGCGAGCCCAAAGAGUUUUGACUCUGAAGGGGCAGUUUCAGAAACAGGUGGGAACUUCAGAGUCAGACCUUGCACAAAUGCUUCUCUCUCUUCGCCUACUUUUCGUUCUUCUACCCCGAAGAUGAAUUCUGAUAAGAAUGUCGGCAACACCCCUGAUUCUUCUUCUCUCCCUUAUGAUCCUCUCACGAAUUAUUUGUCUCCGAGGCCUCAGUUUCUUCGUUACAAGCCUAACAGGAGGCUUGAGGUUUUCUUGCGCCGGGAAAAAGCUCAAAGAAAAAGUCAAGAAUUUGACCCAUGUUUUUCUUCUGGUUCAGAGACUGAAGAGAGAGGAGAAAGAGAGACAAAAUCUUUUGAGGAAGAGAAUUUUGAUGGGGUUUCGGGAGAAGAGUUAACCCAAGAAGAGGAAAAGAGAGAUGAAGAAGCAGAGCUAGAAGAAGAAGAAGAAGAAGAAAAAGAAGAAGAAAAGGAGGAAGAAAAAAAAGAAGAAAUGGAUGAAGAAGAAGAGGGCUUUCGGAAUUCUUGUUGCGGUCAUCGUUAUUUGCCGAUAUUUGUUGCUUUAAUCAUAGUUUCUUUCUCUCUAUACUGUCCUUCUCUGUUUCCAUCACUCAACAAGCAUGGAUCUCCAGUGAUGAAUGCUUUCCAAAGCAUGGGAAUUCAGUCCUUGAACUCUGAUGUGAAUGAUUUUACAGUAAGUGGUCAGUAUAAUCUAAAACUCAGAGAAUCUCUCUCUAGAAUUGAUCGUAUUACCCCUGAAUGGUUUAGUGAGAAGUUUCUUUCUAAUUCUGAAAAGAAAGAUUCUCUCAUUGAGGAAACAGGGUCCCCUGUUCCAAAUUUCCAGCACCAAAUUGAGAAUACGAACGGUGAUAUGAUUUUUUCAAACCUUACGAAGGGGUCUGAGACUACAGAAACGAAAAAUGAAGAGAGAGAAACGCAUGAGGAUGUUGAACGAAUAAUGGAAGAUGGAGAAGGAGCUGCUAUGUCAAAUGAUAACCAUGGAACUCUAGAAUUUGAGGCAGAAGAAGAAACCAAUGGAGCCAGUGCUUUCCAUGCAAGUUCUGAGGAUGGAAAUUUUGUGGUGAGUGAAAUGCGAAAUUCUCUCGAAGAAUCGGUGGAAGAAGAAAGGGCUGAACAUGAAAUUUGGGAUAAUGAAUCAGAAGAAACUUAUGAAAUGGAUAAUUCUAGCUUAGAGGAUUCUCAUUCAGAGAUACCAAAUUCUCCAAAAACUGAAGAAAAUUUAGCUUUAGAAAACGAAUCAGAAUCUCUUGUCACUGAAAAUUCACUGGUUUCUGAAACCAAAUUUGAAUCAAAUGAAAUAAGCUCAAAUUUGGAAAGAGAAGAAAUUCUUUUGGAGAAUGCCACGGGGAUACGAAGAUGGGUGAGAGAGAAAAUGUCUCAGGUGAAAAUAAGAGCUGGAUUAUUCGUUAUAUCAAUUCUUUUAGCUUCCAUUUUGGCUCCUCUUUGCUUCUUUAAGCAAGCAAAGCAACCUACAAAGGAGCUUCCACUGAAACUUUCUAUGGAAGAUGCGGAAAACCGAAACGAGGAGAUUAGGAAGUCGAAUUCUUUGGUGGCUAAUGGAGUCAGGAUUUCUGAGAAGAACUCUUCUCUUUCUCAAUUCCAUGAGAGCUCACAUUAUCAGGCUCAAGAGACAGAGGUAGGGUUCCUUGGAGAACAUGUAUCAAGAGAAAUGAGUGAAUCAGGAAAGAGUUUGAGCCUUCUUUCGAAAACAAAGGGAGCAGAGAGGGAGAGUGAGGAGAAAAUUUCAGGAAGAGGUUUGAGAAGAAAGAGUGUUUCCUCUGCAAUGACGAAAAUUGAAUACUCGGAGCAUUCGUCAGCUGGUUCUUCGUCUUAUGGGAGCUUUACCACUCAAGAGAAGAUUUUGAGGCGAAAGAAGAAUGGAGAUGAAGAGAAGGUGAAUGAGGUUGUGACUACACCUGUGAGACGGUCUAACAGAUUACACAAGAAGUUCACAUCUCCAUGAAAACCAGUCCUCUAUUGCAGUUGCAAGCUAUCGUUGCCAUGAUCCUCACUGACCUUUGUUUUCAUUUAUUCUUUACUCUUUCAAAUUUUUUUAUUGCCUGCUACAAGGAACCACUUCUGUUUCCUGGCUGAAUGUUUUGAUUCAGGAUCAUCAUAUGCUAUGCUGUGAUGUUUAUUUUGGAUAGAUGAGAAGCUUCAUCAAUCUGAAUUCGCCUUUUCUUGUCAAUGAAGGUCCAUGGCAGCAUGCAAAAUCAGAAUUAAACCAAAGUAUUGUUGGAAAUGGU